GCGCUUUUCACGGCCCGGUAGCUUCUAGUUAGGCCAUUGCUCUCCGCAGCGCGGCUUGUGCGGGAGUCUCUAUAGGCUCGUCCGGCGCCACUAAUAGCGCAUCGCAUCCAAGCAGCCCCUCGUAGUACCGUAGCGUGAGCACCGGCGGCAAUCUAACAAAAAAGGGCAGCCCAGCGGCGGGAGAAACCGACCAUGGCCACUUCCCUCAAAAUAGCCGACGAGCCCCUCUUCACGGCCGACGACCCGCGCUUCAAGGAGGAGCUCAUCGCGCAGUACAACGCGAAUUGUAUUCAAGCGAAGAAGAACAAGGGCGCCUGGGCCGAGGCGCGGCCGCCGCCCUACGCCGGAGGCGGCUCGUAUAAUCAAGAAGCGCCCGAGUUCUAUGAAAUUGGCGGCGCCUCGUCGAAGUGGAAGCUCGGCGGGGCCAGAGGCGACAACCCCGAGCCCUACACGAAGCUGCAGCUGCGCGAGUGUUAUAAUUAUGGCAACAAGGUCAAGAGCGAGCUGCUCGCCAAGAAUAGAAAAUGUGAGGGCGUCUUCCCCCUCAAGGUGCCCGUGUCGGCGCAGAAAAGGGCCUUGUUCGGCAUCCAGAAGCGCAAGCAGUUCGAGGGCAAGACGGCGCAGCGCGAGGUCGGCGCCUGGCACGCGAACGACAACGGCAUCUGGAUGUACCGCGAGAACAUGGAGACGUCGGCGAAGAACAAGGCGGGCUGGAAGUCCGACCAGGGGUCCCCCAUCCACUGGACCGACGAGCCCGUGGCCCAGAAGUCCAUCCAGCAGGAGCAGGUCGGCAGUACGGCGCGCGAGGGCAUGGAGCAGUAUAUUGGGAAUCGCGAAGCCGCGGCGCGCAAUAAGUCUGGAUGGGGCAAGACGGCCGGAAGCCCGAUGGCCUGGGGCCACCGCGGGCCGUCGGCGCGCCGCCAGAACGACAUCAUCGGCGGCUUCCAGCUCAAGACGGCGGGCUACACGGACUACUCGGCGCAGGCCGUCAACAUGUACAACGAGAACCGGGCCCAGGCGGCCAUCAACAAGGGCGCCUGGUCCAAGAAGAAGACGCACAACCCGCUCGACUGGACGGAGGCCAAGCCGUCCGAGCGGCAGCUCGCCUACGCCCAGCGCGACUUGGACGCGAAGGAGCGCGACCGCGCCGCGCGCGUCAAGGCCAUGCGCGAGAUGGCCGAGGCCUCGCUCGCCGAGAAGAGCGAGUCGGCCUCGCCCCAGAAGGAAUAGGUUCGCUUCGCCCUCGUCUAAAAUAGGCCUCUUACUA